CGGCCCCGCUCCGCCAUGGCCCCGGCGCUUCGCCUGUGCGCGCUGGCCCUGGCCCUGCUGCCCGCCGUGGCCGCGCAGGAGGUGGCCGGAGAUUGUCGCCAGUAUACGAACAGGAGCUGUGAAGAAUGCCUGAAAAAUGUCACUUGCCUGUGGUGUGCCAGCAGCAGGAGGUGCAUGGAGUACCCCGUCCGAAGGAUCCUCCCCCCGGCCGACCUGUGUGAGCUCCGCUCUGCUCGCUGGGGAGUCUGCUGGGUGAACUUCGAAGCCCUGAUCAUUGCAAUGUCCGUGGUGGGAGGAACGCUUCUGAUCAUGUUGGGGGUCUGCUGCUGCUGCUGUUGUUGUAAGAAAAAGAGCAAAAAGCCAGACAAGGAUGAUGAGAGAGCAGCCAGGGAGCGGGAGAAGAGGCGGGUGCGGCAGGAAGAGAGGAGAGCAGAGAUGAAAUCACGGCAUGAUGAAAUCCGAAGAAAAUACGGCCUGUUCAAGGAAGAGAACCCUUAUGCAAAAUUUGAGAAUUAGCAUCUCCAGACACACCCACUCACCCUGGUGAACAGUGCCUUCUGCAGAGCCAAAAAGUCUCCAGGCUUCCCCCCACCACCUCAGUGCCACUUCAACUGCCACAGAUGAUGACCCAAAUGCUUGGUGACACCAUUGUCCCCGCUCCAGGUGCUUGGUCUGGCCAGAGCUUUGCUCUUGCCCUGCUGGUGCAAGAAGCCAUGGUAGCAAUACUGGAGGAUGGAGCAUUUCUUCUCACUCACCCCAGGGUGGUUGUGGUGUCCAAAGCAAUGCACGGAGCAGUCCUUGUCCCAGCCAAGGGCAAAAGCAAUGUCACACACCUCCCUCACUCCUGCCUCACCAAGAGCACUCCAUGCACACACAGCUAGGCUCUUCUCCUCCGCUCCUUUUUUUCUUCUAGUAUAUGCAAAAGCCAGCAGGAGUUUCCUGACAUAAGGGUCAGCAGAAGGCUUUGGCUGUCACUCCAGGUGCCUGCACUUAUCCCAGCACAUCCGCAGUCCUCUCAAAGAGCACAAGUUUCUGGUGAUCUGGUGCUUCCAGGAGGAAGGUCUUAUGUGCACCUUCUCACUUGCAACUAAUCUGGGGAAAUGCCCCAACUCUCCUACCUCUCUGUGCCUUUCUAGAAAGGUGGUCUUGGGCUCAAUGGCCACAUCUGUUAGCAAUACUGUAAGUUUCAAGUGCAUUUACAAUAUGCUGAUUGUAUAUUAAACUGAUUUAAUUACU